UCUCUUUUUGCUUCCUUCCCAAAGUCAAAAGACGCGUUGAGAAACUCAGGGCGGACCUUAAGAACGUACAGGAGAAUAUAAGCACCAUGUUCGACCAGGAGAUCCUGCGCCUGCCCACCGCCCUCAGAGAGAUGAACUGGAUCAGCUACUGCGCCCUCGGAGAAGACCCGGCAGUCCUAGAGCAGCUUGCCUUGGAGGGAACGGACGUCCAGGAAAUCAACGAGAUGGCCUCCAAGGCUUUGCGGACCCCCGUCCGAACUGUCCGAAAAGCUGCAAAGGCCAAGCUGCCCAUCGAGAGCAUAGAGGAGGAGGCGGAGGGCCCCGUCCUGCCCUUGAGGAAGAGGUCCCGGCAGGAGGACGAGGCCCCGAUCCCCCUCCCUCCGGAGCAGAAGCCGCCCACGGGAAAGCGGUCGACACGGAAGCCCCCCACGGCCAGGAAGUGCCGCCCACCCUCCUCCCGCCUGAACCAAAGGGCCAGCAAAGGCAAGCUGACCACACCGGUGUCAUCCAACGGACGCAGUGCUGCCACCACCACCCUGGGUUUCGCCCCCAGGUUUGAUUCCAGCAUCUUCAAGACCCCCGGGCUGCGGGCCCCCGCCUCCCACGAACCCGUCUUCAGCUUCUCCGCCAACGGCAGCCCCUUGGCCGGCAGCAGCGAUGUCUUUGUCACUCUUCCCAUCGGCAAAGGGGAGAGCAUCCGUGUCAAGGCCAGCAACCUCACGGAGAAGGACCUCCUGCGCCUGAACCCGUCUGCUCUCGGGAGCAUGAAGAAGCUCUCGGCCCAGGUCCUGCGCUUGUGCAAGUAACACCGGCACCCAGCUGAAGACCAGCGGCCAUUUGGGACUUGUUUGGAGGGCCAUUGUUUUUUGGGGAGGGGGCCUUGGCCACCAGGCUCUCCUCUGCGUUGGGACUUGAACCAGGGGAGACAAUGGACAAAUGGAGGCCCCAGGCAUGGUUUUUUACUUGCAGGGCCCCAGAUGGGGACGGGCUGCGUCCCUCUAGACCUUCCUUUCCCACCAAGAAUAACAAGGGGCCACUCGGCCCUUCUUUCCCCCUCCCCAUGGUUGGUUGGUUGUUUGUCUGGCCUGACGGUUUCCCUUGUUUUGGUGGGGUGGGGGACCGCCCCCUCCCUCCUCCCCAUGGUUGGUUGUUUGUCUGGCCUGACGGUUUCCCUUGUUUUGGUGGGGUGGGGUGGGGGACCGCCCCCUCCCUCCUCCCCAUGGUUGGUUGUUUGUCUGGCCUGACGGUUUCCCUUGUUUUGGUGGGGUGGGGGACCGCCCCCUCCCUCCUCCCCAUGGUUGGUUGUUUGUCUGGCCUGACGGUUUCCCUUGUUUUGGUGGGGUGGGGGACCGCCCCCUCCCUCCUCCCCAUGGUUGGUUGUUUGUCUGGCCUGCCUGUUUCCCUUGUUUUAUUGUUUUGGUGCCUGUGCAUAGAAACACUCACUUUUAGCAAGUCUCCCGUUUGCCAUGUUUUUAGAACUGAAUGGGAAUUCCCUUAAUAAAGUGUUACUGUCAGAGUAA